AGAAUAAUAAAGAUGAGGCAGUAAAACAGAUUGAUAAGAAGAACCACCCACUCUUCGAAUACAUAUAUUAUUGCAUCAUGCAUGGUCCCCUGGCUGUUGAAUCUUCUUCUACGAAUAGAUGGAUAGAUACCACUGACUCAAAUAGCAAAUCCAAUAUCAACCUUGUGCGUUUCUCUUCUCUCCUCCUGUUCCUUUAUUUAAAUACAAUCUUAACCUUGUUCCACAAAAAAAUAAUUCAAUCUCAAUCUCUUAAUCUGUUUAUAAUGGCGUUCGAGGGUGUUCUUAUUGAUGGUGCAUCUGAAAUGUUGAAAAAUCUGGUUACUCUACUUGGAAAUGAGAUUAGUCUUGCUUGGGGUGUCAAGGAUGACCUGAAAAUGCUUAAACAGACAUUGGAGGUUAUUGAGGCUAAAACAUCCGAUGCGGAGACCAAGCAGGUGAACGAUGCUGCGGUUUCGCUUUGGUUAAAAAUGCUCAAACAAGUUUCUUACGAUGCUGAUGAUCUUCUGGAUGAAUUUUCUUACGAGGCUAUGUGCCGAUAUCAUAAGAAAAGUAAGUUUAAUCAAAUAGCAACCGCUAUGGAAAGAUUUCAGUUUCAAACUACUAGCAGUGGUGGAUACGAUGAGCAACAUCGUAAGCGGCUAACUACAUCAUUCUUUGGAGAUGCUUCAAAAUUUGUAGGGAGAAAAAAAGAUAAAUUAAAGAUAGUAAAGCUGUUAACAACCAUGAGCGUGUUUUCGUCAUCAUCUUUACCAUCAACUACUUCUUCUUCUUCUGUAAAUUCUAAUCAGCUAGAAAAUGUCUCCGUCAUAUCCAUAGUUGGUAUGGGGGGACUUGGAAAGACCAGCCUAGCACAAUCUAUUUACGAUGAUAAAUCAGUUGAAAGAUACUUUGAGAAAAAAAUGUGGGUUUGUAUUUCCGAUGACUUCGAUGUGUUUAAAAUCUUAAAAAACAUUAUGGAAUCUGUGACUAGAUCUAGAUGCGAAGAUUUCUCAAACCUUGAUGUAUUAGUAAAAAAAAAUCACUACAAGAAAACAUAGAUUAAGCGACCAAAAUCUGAGCAAGCUCCCAAAAUUUUGGUCGCUCUAAUGGUCAAGCAACCAAAUUUCCGACCACCAAAUAGUUUGCUUGCUUAAAAUUUAGUUCCACUAUCUCGUAGCGACCAACAAAGAUGUUAGGUUGGUACAUCACUUUUUCAAGUUAUCUACAGCAAUUAUGAAAGUGCUUGAGUCGUUAUUUACUUUGAGGCACAGUGGACCAGCAAUUCAAAUAUUUGGUUGGUACAAUCCUAUCUUAGCAAAACCACCCUUUCAAAGAAAAGUCAAAUUUUUAAAUUUGUUUUACUAAGUUUUUUCUUUUGACCAUUCUAAAUUUAGUUAUGUGAUAAGAAGAAUCAGUAUGUUGGGGAAUUUCCAAGAUACGAGGAUAUUAUUCCUUUGAAAAUCUAGCAUUCAUUUUUUAAA